AGAGUUCGGACAUCCCAAGGACCCAGAUGAGAUUUUGCCGUACACCCCCACAACAUGGAAUCUUGGUUACUAGGUAACGGUAAACUGUACAUGGGAAGUGUCCAAUCAGAGAACAGACCGGGGCCUGCUUGCAAACUUCUGUGUUGACAAAUAUUUUGAUAAUUUUCUAUUUAGCUAGUUAACGUUAUAUUACCUACUUUGGGAUGGAGUUUUGAUAUGGCUUCUUUACAAAAUGCUGACCCGGCGUUGAGGGAAUAUAUACUGAAGCAUUCCUUGCCCCAAAUAUUUCAGGCAUUAUUAACAGGUUUAUGUGUGUCGUGUCCUGAAAGUCCAUUACAUUUUCUGGAAAGGAAGAUUGUGUCUAUUCAGGAAAACCGGGACACUGCUGAGAUUGAUUGGCAUACAUGUGUUGAUGAUCCAGAACAAGUCGCCGUGACCUCACUGGCAGGAAGCAUGGUGCAUGACAUCUUUGGGAAACGAGAUGAUACACUGUUUCUCUCCCAUUUGUUUGAGAAGGCCUACUCCUGUUACAGAAUAAGUUUAACAAAUAUGUGCUUCAAGGCGUGGAAAAGGUUCAUCUGGAAUAAGCGGAAGGAGGCCAGGGAGUUGACGCUGAAGAUGGAGACAGCUGAGAGGCACUACAUACAGAGGGGCCUGAGGGUCGCACUCUGCAAGUGGGUGGAGUGGGUACAGGUCUGCAAGAGAAGGCAGAACGAUGCCAUGAAGAAGAUCCAGCGAGUGUGGAAUGCUAUCCACUGUAAGAUUGUCAUAGGUGCUUGGCGCUAUGUGGUGCAGGACUCAAAACGGACAAAGGAGUACUUUGAGAGACUGGAGAAUGGUCUGUUAGAGAUGAGCAGUAAGGACUCUGACGUUUCCAUUGGAGAGGGACAUGACGGACUCUCACUGCUACCUUGCAAGCUCUCAAUAAAGGUCUUCCAGAGACUAGAUGUAGGAGACCUGCUGAAAUGUGCAGAAGUGUGUCGGACCUGGAAGGCCAUCGCUCAGACCUGCUCACUGUGGAGUCGGAUCAGUUUCUCUGUGGAGAGGGACUGGAUCACAGACCGCAUCGUGGAACAGAUCCUACAGAAGUACCGGCCAUUUGUAGUUCACCUUAACAUGCGUGGCUGCACCUCUCUACAGUGGCCCAGCUUCAAAUGUAUCAGUGAAUGCAGAAACCUACAGGAGCUGAACCUUUCAGAGUGUUUCAACAUUAAAGAUGAGAUGGUGUGUAUGAUUCUAGAAGGCUGCCCCACUCUGCUCUACCUGAACCUGUCCUUCUCAUAUGUGGCCAAUGGGACUCUCAGAGAGCUCUCCAGGAGCUGUCUGAACCUGCAGUUCCUGAGUUUAGCAUGCUGCCGUAGGUUCACUGAUAAAGGCUUACAGUACCUGUCCUCAGGGGAGGGCUGCCACAAGCUCAUCCACCUUGACCUCUCUGGCUGCACUCAGAUCUCAGUGGAAGGUUUCAGGUACAUAGCAGCGGGCUGCCCUCUGCUCCAGCAGAUAGUCUUCAAUGACAUGCCUACUCUGUCAGACAGCUGUGUGCUGGAGCUGGCCUCUAAGUGUCACUCUCUGUCUACCAUCUCCCUAUGGGACACGCCCCAUCUCUCAGACUCCGCCUUCAAAGCCAUCGCUGAGGUGGCCAACCUCUCCAAGUUCAGUGUUGAUGGUAACAGUCGUAUGUCAGACAUCAGUUGGAGGGCUCUGUGUCGUAGCUCUCCAGGCCUUACGAGACUCCAUGCUGCUGACUGCCCUAGAAUGACUGACUCCAGCCUAAAGUCUAUGGGCGCCCUCAAAAACCUGGUCUACCUCAACAUCUCACACUGCAGCAGGGUGAGUGACAUGGGGCUACGGUACCUGACUGAGGGGCCUUCUGCCUCUAAACUGAGGGAGCUGAAUCUGAGCAACUGCAGCCGCAUCAACGACUUAGCUAUCAUGAGGGUGGCUCAAAAGUGCAGUAAGCUGAACCACCUGAGUGUGUCUUACUGUGAUAACCUGUCUAAUUCUGGUCUGGAGUGGCUCAGUAGCUGUUCCUCUCUCCUCUCUCUGGACAUCAGUGGCUGCAACAUCAUGGACCAGGGGUUGAUUGCUCUAGGUGGGAACCCUGGCCUGAAGAAGCUGGUUGCCUCUGAGUGUGUCUGGAUCACUGACAUUGGCAUAGAGAAGUUCUGCAGGCAGGCGAGAGGUCUGGAGUAUAUUGACGUGUCUCACUGUGUAGCUCUAUCUGACCAGGCCAUCAAGGCUCUGUCCUUCUACUGCAGGACUAUAGUCACGUUACGCAUGCCUGGCUGCCCAAAGAUGACAGACCUGGCGGUACAGUACCUGACAGUAGGGCGUCACUUCCUGAGAGAGCUGGACGUGAGUGGCUGUGUUCUGCUGACUGAUCGCACACCACGCUUCCUACAGACAGGCUGCCCACAGCUCAACACCAUCAACAUGGUCUACUGCAGGGGAAUAUCCAAGCAGGCGGCUCUGAGGCUCCAGCCCUGUGUUGAGAAGUGGGAGCACAGUAACGAUGACGCCCCCUACUGGUUCGGCUAUGACAGUCUUGGCCAGCUGCUGCAGCCAAUUGGACGACCCGACAAGAUCCAGGACACCUGGGAGGAAGAGGAGCCAGCACCAAGAAACAACAAAAAGAGGAAUUUGACAAAGGCCUGUGGAGAGGACUACGAAUGAAUACAGCAUGAAUACACACACAGUCCAUGAAGAUAAACAAACACACACCGACUUAGUUUAUACAGUAAACACACACCGCCUCACAAUCUACGGUAAAUCAAAUCCCUAACACAUACACUGCACCUUACAUUCACUCUAGCUCAGAUAUCAAGCAACGGAAAGGAAUGGCCAAAGAUUAAUAACCAGAAAACAAUAUUUUGUAUCUGAGAAUCAAUGCAGUAUAUACAGUAUAUACAUGUAUGCAGUAUAUACAUUUAUGCAGUAUAUACAGUAUAUACAUUUAUGCAGUAUAUACAGAAUAUACAUUUAUGCAAAGCUUCUGCAUCAUACUGUUUCAAAGCUUUCUUCUAUGCAUUGCAACACAAGACAGAUGAUUGAAUUUCAUAAUUACAUCAAUUUUAGCUUGGAAAUAAUCAUUAAAAAAUAAAUGUCCUCAAUAUGAUUAGAUUUAUUUGUCAUUGUCAACACUUUUCACAGUUUUUUUUAAAUUUGCAGUAAAUUGAUCCCCCCCAAACCUAUUUUGUACAUUUUGCAGUUUCCUCCCUGUGGUAAGAAAGUCUUAAGAGUUCUUCUUGAUUUGACUGUUGCACACACACUAACCACAGCAGUCUCUGAACUUCUCAAAAGUCCAGUUAGACUUCAAGCUCAAUACCUGACUGAAUAUGUGAGACCUGAAUGUUGUUCAGUGUUUCAAUGUAAGAGCUCUGCUGAUGACCACAAAGACAAUAACUGAACUAGCCUGGCUGCCAACAUGCCACUAUAUUUCUGCUUGAGCCCUCUCAUGACAACAGUUGGCUAAAACAGAAACAUGACUGAGUUCCCUCUACUAACCAUGAUCAUGUGCUACAACUGUAUAUAGACAUAUAAUAUAGCCUGCCGUUUCCGUUAUCACAUAUGUAGCAUAGCCUUUACUUUCAGGCGUGUUAUUCACUUCUAAAACAAUAGAUUGAGAACAGAAAUCAAUUGUAGACCGUUUGCUUGGGUAAGAAAUUGGCACCCUUGAUAAAGAUGAGCAAUAAUAACUGAAGGGAAAGGGGGAUACCUAGUCAGUUGUACAACUGAAUGCCUUCAACUGAAAUGUGUCUUCCGCAUUUAACCCAACCCCUCUGAAUCAGAGGUACGGGGGAGCUGCCUUAAUCGACAUCCACGUCUUCGGCGCCAGGGGAACAAUGGGUUAACUGCCUUGGUCAGGGGCAAAACAACACAUUUUUCCUUGUCAUAAAAUAAAUCAAAUACUGAGCGAUAUUGUAUGUAAUAUUUUUUUGGGAAAUUAAUAUGUUAUACUAAUACAAUUUCUCAGAGAAAGAGAUUUUGUUUAACAAGUAAUAGUUUUCCUCAAAAGGGUAGGUGUCAAAAUUAUUGACACCUCUUAUGAAUAAAGUAGUCAAAAGUUUAGUAUUGGGUCCCAUAUCCCUAGCACGCAAUGACUACAUCAAGCUUGUGACUCUACAAUCUUGUUGGAUGCAUUUGCAGUUAGUUUUGGUUGUGUUUCAGAUUAUUUUGUGCCCAGAAGAAAUUUGUGGUAAAUAAUGUGUCAUUUUGGAGUCACUUUUAUUAUAAGUAAGAAUAUGUUUCUAAACACUUCUACAUUAAAUGUGGAUGUUACCAUGAUUACAGAUAAUCCUGAAUGAAUCGUGAAUAUUUAUGACUAUUUGGAUUUGUAUUUAUUAUGGAUCCAGCAGCUACUCUUCAUGGGGUCCAGCAAAAUUAAGGCAGUUUAUACCAUUUUUUAAAUAUUACAAUACAUUCACAGAUUUCACCACACACUGUGUGCCCUCAGGCCCCUACUCCACCACUACCACAUAUCUACAGUACUAAAUCCAUGUGUAUGUAUAUCGUGUGUGUGUGUGUGCCAAUGUUUGUGUUCAUCUGUUUUUUAAAUAUAAUUUUACUGGUGGCAUUAGUUACUUGAUGUGGAAUUGAGUUCCAUGAAUUCAUGGCUCUAUUUAGCACUGUGUGCCUCCCAUAGUCUGUUAUGGAUUUGAGGACUGUGAAGAGACCUCUUGUGGCAUGUCUUAUACAUGUCAAUACCUCUCAUAAAUAAAAGUAGCGAUGAAUGCAUAUUAUUAAUAUUAGCUCUCUCUAUACAUUCAAGGGCCAGCCGUACUGCUCUGUUCUGAUCCAACUGCAAUUUUCCUAAGUCCUUUUUUGUGGCACCUGACCACACGACUGAACG